AUGAUCGUGUUUUUUUUAGGUGCUAAAUACAAGGAUGACUGUCCUGUGGAAAACAUGAUCCCAAUUUACUUAAUAGUUGGUGGAUCAGCUGGUCUAUUGAGCACUUUCUGCGCAUGCGCAGUAGAAUACAGAGCAGAUCACGUGAUCAAACAGUUGUGCAGACUCGUCUUACUGCCUCUGUUUGCUUGGUUCAUUGCUGGCAACGUAUGGAUUUAUAAAAAUUACGAACCUAACUACACCGAUCCCGAGAGCCCCUAUUUCUGCCACAAAACGCUGUAUCUAUUUGCUUUCUGGGUAAUUACUUCGUAUUAUAUCUUUUUUGGUGUCGUGUUAGUUAUCGGGUGUGUGACGAGCAUUUUA